AAAAAAAAGAAUUACUGAUCAAAUAGUUUAGAAUUUUUUCUAGGAGUGGGUUCCAAGAAUUUCCCCCAAUAACAUGCUGUCAAUACCUGCCACGUGGAAGCUGCAGGAACACAGAGCUGGCACUGUGACCUCACACCUGUGACCUCACUCUUCCCUGCCAGGGUGCAGACGCAGGUGCUGAUAAGCAGGAGCCGCUGGCUUUAAAGGCAGGCAGUGUGGCAGGGGACACCGAGACGCUGGCACACAGACUGAAAAAGGCAUCAUGCAUCUGAAAUUAGUGGUCUUUGCAUUCUACCUUUUGGCAGCAGCAGCAUAUCCAGUUCUGCCAAAUGACGAGACUUCCUGGAGAGAACGAUCAUGGGAUAGCCCCAGUCAAACAGCCAAUCAAGCGGCUGAUAAAACGCCGGUUCUCAAGCAUGCGCACAGCGGGAACUGGAAGCAGCAGCUGGAGGACAGUGAGCUGUACUCGCGGGACGUCCCGGCGGACUGGCCGAAGCUGGGCGUGGCGUCGGAGCGGCUGCGGGCGCGGCUCAUGCAGGAGCUGAGGGAGCUGAGGGAGAAGCUGGCGGCGUAUGCCCCGCCCCCUGAGCAGGGCCUGCCUGCCCUGCGGGACCGCCUCGCCCCCCUCACCCGACACCUCCGGGGGGCGCUCCACACCAGCACCCAGGAGCUGUGCACCCAGCUCUCCCGCCACGCCCAGGGGCCGGAGGCGGAGGGCGAGGGGCAGCAGGAGGCCGUGUGGCGGGUGGGGCUGGCUGUGGGUGGCGGGCUCCAGGACCUGUCUGCUCACCUGGAGGAGUUCCACACUCAGGCGUCCGGUGCCCUCAGGGAGCUGGGGGGCACCCUCACCCAGCCCUCCCAGGAGGAGGUGACUGCGGUGCUGAGGAGGGAGGUGGAAGCGUUCAGGGCGGAGCUCCAGAGCAGGGCGGCGGCUCUGCGGGUGGGGCUGGAGGAGACUCCGCCCACUGUGCAGCCCCUCGGGGAGCGGCUCUCCAAAGGCGUGGCCCAGUUCUGCCACGCCUCCUCAGAGCAGAACCAGCAGCUCUCUGACAGGAUAGAGAAGUACCUGGAGGGGCUGGAGCCGGGGGAGGGGCAGGGGCGGGGCCCAGGUGAGGUGACCUCACCACCCCUCGGCAGCACAGGUUCCCUGAAAGAGGACUUCUCCCUCAGACUGAGCGCGCUGCUCCGGGACAUUAUGCAGACCCUGAACUGACUGGUGCCUCAGCUGCGUCAGCCACGAUGACUCAGCGCUCUGCUGACAUCACAGCCUGUUACAGCAUAUUCCAUGUGAGAUGGCCGGCUUGAACGCUGCAGAUGAACACAGGGCCCUGUGAGGUGUACGAAGUACAUCCUGAACAUUUAUGAGCUUCCACAGUUUUCAAGCAUUUAGCGGUCACCAUGACGGGCUCUUGCCAGGCUAAUCCACAUCUAGAUCACUCAGACCUGGGUGAAAUCCAGCACAGGACAACGCUCUUCUGCAUCUAAUGCAAAACUGGAGUCCUGGUUACUCUAGGAGUCCAGAGUUUACACUGCAGUCAGUA